AUGCUUCACCAUAAGUUCGUAUACCCAUUUAUAUCCAAGUGGCGCUUGCAAUGUAUAGGAAAGUGUCCCCCACAAAUCACUUUUAUAGCUAACUAUGCUACAAUGAAUGAUCAAAGUAGUAACAAGAAACUUCCAAUAAGGGAUGAACAAUGGCCUCAGUCAACAGAUCCAACUCCUUACGAUAUUUUUGGCAUUCCAAAAGCUGGGUCUGGAAGUCCUAAGCUGGACAAGAAAUCGUUAAAGAAAAAAUAUCAUCGCUAUGUAAAAUUGUAUCAUCCUGAUCAUUCCGAUAACAUUCAGAUAUUCGGCUCAGAGAAGGUUAUCGACAGCAAUAGCAAAUCGCCGCUGCUGCUAACGUCAAGCGAAAAACUACAUAGAUUUAAAAUCAUCUCUCAAGCGUAUGAUAUUCUUUGUGACCCAAAGAAAAAAAUUGUAUAUGACACAACAAGGCAAGGCUGGACCACGUCAUAUUCACCACGAUCCGACAUCAACACUGAAAAUUAUCAAUAUGCAGGCUCUUAUGGGUACCACUCCAAUGCGCAGUAUGAAUACUGGAAUGCUGGGACUUGGGAAGACGCAAAUAGUGUGAAAAAGGAAAGAAUUAAAGAAAACCUCAACCCGUGGACUGUCAUUGGCAUAAUUUGUGGCCUAGCCAUAUGCAUCGAAGGAACUGCGUUGUUAACGAAAAUCCAGGAAUCUCUUAGCAAGGCCGAAUUUACUCAUGACGAAAGUGAAUUACAUUUGAUUCAGUCAUACACGAAUUAUGGUCUUGACACUGACAAAUUUUCCAGGUUGAGGCGGUUCUUAUGGUUCAGAACUUGGGGACUUUACAAAUCAAAAGAAGAUUUAGAUAGGGAAGCCAAGAUUAAUGAAGAAAUGAUACGCAAAUUGCAAACUACUAAAUGA